AUGUAUGACUAUCUGGCCAAGGUCAUUCUUCUAGGGCCGAGCGGGGCGGGAAAGUCUUGCGUGUUACACCGAUUUGUGAAGAGCGAAUGGCGAGUGCUGUCAUCCCAAACAAUUGGGGUUGAAUUCUCCUCGAAGAUUGUCAAAUUAGGCACCGGGCCGCGACGAACACGUAUCAAAUUGCAGCUUUGGGAUACCGCUGGAACGGAGAGGUUUCGAUCCGUCUCCAGGUCGUAUUACCGAGGAGCUGCAGGGGCCAUUCUCAUCUAUGAUAUAACAUCCCACGCGUCAUUCGUCUCUCUUCCCACGUUUCUCAUGGAUGCACGUGCACUUGCUUCCCCCAAUCUGAGCGUCCUACUAGCCGGUAAUAAGUCAGACCUUGCCUCCGACUCCGUGCCACCUUGCGAUCCCCUUGAUGACAAUGCACGCCCACCUCCCACACCGUCUAGUACAUCCAGCAAGGUAUCUUUUCCCUUUGGAUCGAGCGGCGGCUCCGUACGCUCAAACUAUGAUACCACAACGAGAAUGACGGCCACACAUGCACCUCAUGGUCGUGAGGUCAGUACCGAAGAGACUUCGCACUGGGCGGCUAAGUCCAACAUUCCCGUUGCAGUCGAGAUCUCAGCUCUCACGGGUGAGGGCGUAGAAGAGCUCUUCAACCGGCUGGCCCGGAUAAUUCUCACAAAGAUCGAGUUGGGCGAGAUUGACCCAGACGACCCCCAAAGCGGGAUUCAAUACGGUGACGGGGCUCUCUAUGGCCAUGGCACGAGCGAUGGUUCCAGCAUUCGAAGUCGCAUGUCGCUCGACGACGGUGCUGUCCAAUUACAUCACAGACAUCCAAGAAAGAAUACUACUAACAAUUGGAAGUCUGGCAUGAGGGAAUGGGAAGAUGUAUUUCGCUUGAGCGAUUCGCACCAGAGGAGAGGUCGCGGCUGCUGCUAG